CAUUUAGUAGUCUAUGAGCCGCUCUCAACCGUUGACGUUCCAAUCAAAUUAUCAGAAUAGCUCUGAGUAGCUUCUUCUGAGACGCAGUUCGGGCUACUUCCUUAUCAGUCACUUGCUACGUGACUUAAAUUACAUUUACUUUAUAAGCUGAACCGUGAAGAACAUACAAAGAACAGUGAAAUGUUUCUAAACAUCUACCUUUGCAUGCUGACUGCCGUAAUAGCAACGUCGGCAUCUUCCUUGACUAAUCGGUUGGAGCUCCCACAUCCACGAGAAGUUUUAAGUCCGGAUGUACAAGCGCUCUUGGACGGGCUUUCAACAGAAAAAUGGCAAGAACUCGUAAGCUCAGGACUGGACUCGAUCAACAGACAGAAACGACUGGAGGAAAAUCUUCUGAGCUCAGAAAUAACUGUCCAAAACGGUAGUCUGUCGCAUGUGCAACUACUGGAUACACUGCCCAACAGGGCUUCAAACGAAGACAGUGAAAUUGCCUUGAAAAUCCUCAAGUCUAGCCUCUUCGUCUAUAACACCCAAUGCCUGCCCCAUGACAUUGCAGGUGACGAGUGUCGAGCAUAUCUGGAAAACAAGCCCCUGCCAGAGGGCAGCGUUCUUCGAUCCGAAUGCCUUAAGCUGCUGAAAAGCAAGAGGGAAGGUCACCAUGCGUUCAGGAGACUGCUUGACGCCCACUAUAAGAACGGCUUCUACGAAACUUUUACAGAGGUUCGCUUGCCUGCUCCCUGGUCCAUUAGUGUGGCGCUUUAUGAGCCCGACAACAUUCAGAAGGCGAGACAGGCGCGCGACCACGCAGAUGGAAGCCUUAAUCUGGGAAUCGCGCAGUGGGCCCAGUUUGUGGAACACGAUCUUAGCAAGCCCGUUUCGCAAUCGAUGAGCAAUGGAUCACCGAUAGAAUGUUGUAACCGGGAUCAGAAUAAGCUUCAACCGAGGCACAACCAUCCGGCCUGUGCGCCAAUUGUAUCUCAGGCCAGCGGGAGGUACGGCAGGGCAAACUGUCUCAACUAUGUAAGGAGCGCCCUCGCGGUAGCCGACUGCAACUUUGGCUGCGCUGAGCAGUUGAACCAGGCCACAGGAUACUUGGACUUAUCCCAACUAUAUGGCUUCACGCCUGCAGCUGAGAGGAAGAUGAGAACAUUCGUUCGCGGAAACCUGAAGUCAACAUCGAACGGUGCACAUCUAAAUGACCUUCUGCCAAUGACCUCCGAUACGGAUGACAAGGGGCACUCGUUCUGUGCUUGGGGGGCUAGUGCAAAUGCAACAUGCUUUGCGGCAGGCGACUCUCGUGUUAACAGCAAUCCCUACUCCAUACUGGUUUACACAAUCUUCAUGCGCAACCAUAACCGACUUGCAGCCGAGCUAAUGGGUCGAUAUCCAAGCUGGAGUGACGAGAAGCUUUUCCAGUCGGCCAAGGCGGUGAAUGUGGAUAUCUAUAGACGCGUGAUCAUGCGGGAGUGGCUGCCGGAAGUGCUCGGAUCGCAGCUGGCCACAGAGGUACUGGCCACGCACCAACCCAGCAGUCGCCAAAGCACUCCUGAGAUAUCAAACGAGUUCGGAGUGGCUGCCAGUCGCUUCUACUUCUCGAUGCUACCCAAUGAGCUCCACAACCUAGACAAAAAUGACGACGAUAAUUAUGUUCGAAACACAGUGACGCCAGCUGUGCCAACAGACCUUUUUGUGCUGAAGGACCAGAUUUACAGGCCCCGAAUUCAGUACACGGCGAAGAAGCUGGACCAAAUACUGCACAGUGUUCUCAAUCAGCGUGCAUUGAAAAUGGACUCCUCCUAUGCGGGUGGUGUCGUUUGGCACGAGAACACGAAACCAGGACAUGCUGAUAUCCUAGCGUUCGAUAUUCAGCGCGGCAGGGACCACGGUCUCCAGCCCUAUUAUAAAUACUUGGAAGUCUGCAGCCAGAUUGGGCCAGUGACUGGCUGGAGCGAUUUCGAGAAAUUUAUACCUAAAAAUGCUUUGGAUAAGAUGAAGAGCAUCUAUGCUAGUUGGACUGACGUGGACCUAAUUGUGGGCGGAAUUGCCGAGCGAACUGUGAACGGAACUGUCGGUGCCACCUUUGGCUGCAUACUUUCCGAGCAAUUUGCGAAGGUGCACCAGCGACAUCUGCAAGAGCCAGCUCUUCCGCCCUGGUCCGCUUCGUUGUUGGAGGAUUAUCGCUACAUGAAUGGAAGCAAGCUCUUGUGUCUGAACUCUGAGUUGAGGGCUACGCCGCAGAAUAUCUUUCAGUUGCCUUCAGCAAGCAAUCAACUGAUCGAUUGCGACAAUGUGGUCUAGCGGAUGAC